CAGGGUAUAUAUAGCAGUGGCACUCCUGAGCACUGAAACACUCCUUUCUCCAGGGAGAAGACAAAAGGAACUGUUCACCUGCCUGUUCUGAAAUUCUGCAUCAAGGGGAGCAAGAGCCCUCCACUGAAAUCCUCCCACCAUGCUGGGGCUGCUGCUGCUGCAGGUGUUGGCCAGCUGCCUCUGGCUGGGACACAGCGAGGUGGUAACACCCUUUGCAGGUUGUCCUCAGUUCUUCUAUGCAGGGAUUCCCCCAAAUGAUGCCCUGAAUCCAAAGAAUCCAGCCUGGAUCUGUCAGCGCUUCAGGAACUCGUAUCACUAUGCCACCCUGUACGACAGAGACAGGAGAAUUCCAGUGUACUCUGCUUACAAAUAUGAACCUGGAGAUGCCAAGAAACCUCCAGAGUGGUGGAUGGUUGAGCCCCAGGUGAAUAACAAUGUAAAUCUUAAAGAGAUGGAAAGGGAUUGGAUCCUCAUAGAGCAACACAAGUUCACCUUAGACCAAAUCAACCAGAGCCAAGCUGUUCCUGCCGACUACAAAGGACUGAAGGGUUUGGACCGUGGCCAUUUGAGCCCCAGUGGCCAUCAGUUCAGUAGUGAGAGCAAGAUGGCUACCUUCACCCUCACCAACAUAGUGCCACAGGAUAGCAGCCUCAACGGUGGCAGAUCCUGUCUGGAGAUCUCCAUGCCUGGAGAUACCCAAAUGCCAACAAUACGUGAUUCUGGACAACCUGCUCUAGCUGCCCCUGCUGGAUCCUGGAGUCUGGACUAG